CAGGAAGCAGUUUGAGCAACAGCAGCAGCCAUCAUGGGAAAGAUUAUCUUCUACGAGGACAGGAACUUUGGAGGCCAGCACUAUGAGUGCAUGAGCGACUGCGCCGACCUGCACUCCAUGUUCGACCGCUGCCGCUCCAUCCGGGUGGAAAGCGGCAUGUUCAUGAUCUACGACCGCCCCGGCUUCAUGGGAACCCAGUACUUCAUGAAGAGGGGAGACUACUCCGACUACAUGGGCACGGCGGGCAUGAAUGACUGUGUCAGGUCGUGCCGUAUGAUCCCCAUGCACAGCGGUGGCUACAAGAUGAGGCUGUACGAGCAUUUCGACAUGGGAGGUGAGAUGAUGGAGCUGACCGACAACUGCCCCAACCUCAUGGACCGCUUCCGCACAUCCAACUUCAACUCCUGCAGCGUGAUGGACGGCCACUGGCUCAUGUACGAGCAGGCGAACUACAAGGGACGUCACUACUACCUGAGGCCCGGCCAGUACAAGAGCUUCAACGAGUGGAGCGGCAACAACUCCAGGAUCGGCUCCAUCAGGCGGCUCAUGGAUCUCUAAAAGACAG